CAAUCGGGAAGAAAUUAAAGUAAUGGAAAAUAACCGCGAAUUCCAAUUCUGUUCUAUUGAUUGCGCUAGCACCUCUUGGUUGUCCGGGCAAAUAGGAUCCAUUUUUACAAACGGAAGCGGAACAAGCAAUAUAGUAAGUGGACCUCGUACCGACACUGACCCGGUGACUGAAGCCUUAAAACGACUGGAAGAACAAAAUCGGUACCUUUUGCAACUGGCCUCAAAGCAAAGCGUUCUUUUGGAAGAGGUUUUAAAAGUGCUCAAACCAAAAAAACAGGACUUAGGAGUUUUCCCCUUGGAUUCCGUUGAAGACCUGGAAGCUGCUGAGACUUUAAUUUUAAGUAAAAACGAGCAGGAAGUUAUUACUUAUCUAAGAAGCAAGUUCGGAAGAAGGCCAAUUUUUAAAUUUAUCGACGAGAUUUUUGGAGACGAGUUAAUUUUAAAAAUCAACUGGGAUGGCGCAAAAAAUAAGGUGGCAAUUAAUAGCUAUAAGCUUUUUAAUACGUUCUUUUUUGGUAAUGAUACCAAAUUGUUCUGUAAUUCUUUUGUUAUAAAUAUAUACUCUUUUACAGAUGCUUUGAAGGAGGAAAACUUAUCUUACGAGGCCUAUGAAGCAAAUUUUAAGAAAGCCUUCCACAAACGCAAAGCUUACUUCUAUAGAAAAACGUAUAAAUUAAAAAAGUAGAUAUUUGUUAUAAUGUUAGUCUGAUCGAAUUUUUUACUGUUGUUGUUUUGUUG